ACACGCCUCCUACCAAAAUCACAGCCUGGUGGAGCCGGCUCAUUCACAGCUUUCUAGAGAAAUCUGAGCUCGAACCUGCCAGAAUAGGCGAUCUUACUCACCGAGUUCAGCCGCGAGGACACCUGCAGAAAUACAUUCCCAAAGCAAGCCUGGGCGCCUGUGUGAAGUGAGCAAUGGCCUCGAUUUUGCUUGUCUUUGGAAUGGUCACCACCACUUAGGGCCUGAAUGUGCUUCUGCUUUCCAGGAACAGAAAGAAGACCUCUUCUUUGUCUGUUUCACUGGAAGUCUGGUAGUAGAACAACCGUUGCAUGGGCCACGAUUUCAGCACACCAUCAGGUGAAUGGGACCAGUCUUCCUUCUUCCAAAACAUCAGAAAUUGAGUGCUUGGAAAGGAGAUUUGGCCAAGAUGACCCACUUGCAGGCUGGACUCAGUCCAGAUACUAUAGAGAAAGCACGCCUGGAACUGAAUGAAAACCCCGAUGUUUUGCAUCAGGAUAUCCAACAAGUCAGGGACAUGAUCAUCACCAGGCCUGACAUUGGAUUUUUACGUACAGAUGAUGCUUUCAUCUUGAGAUUUCUCCGAGCCAGGAAGUUUCACCAAGCAGAUGCCUUUAGACUCCUGGCCCAGUACUUCCAAUACCGCCAGCUAAAUCUGGACAUGUUCAAAAACUUCAAGGCGGAUGAUCCUGGCAUUAAGAGGGCUUUGAUCGAUGGGUUCCCAGGAGUGCUGGAAAACCGUGACCACUGUGGUAGGAAGAUUCUUCUGCUGUUUGCUGCCAAUUGGGAUCAGAGUAGGAACUCCUUCACAGACAUCCUCCGUGCCAUCCUGCUGUCCCUGGAAGUCCUCAUUGAAGAUCCAGAGCUUCAGAUAAAUGGCUUCAUUUUAAUUAUAGACUGGAGUAAUUUUUCCUUCAAACAAGCUUCCAAACUGACGCCUUCGAUCCUUAAACUGGCUAUUGAAGGGUUGCAGGACAGCUUUCCGGCCCGCUUUGGAGGAGUCCAUUUUGUCAACCAGCCCUGGUACAUCCACGCCCUGUAUACACUCAUCAAGCCAUUCCUUAAAGACAAGACCAGGAAACGGAUUUUCCUGCAUGGGAACAAUUUAAACAGCCUUCACCAACUAAUACACCCUGAAUUCUUGCCCUCUGAAUUUGGAGGGACCCUCCCUCCUUACGACAUGGGAACAUGGGCUCGGACGUUACUCGGUCCUGACUACAGUGAUGAAAAUGACUACACUCAUACGUCCUACAACGCAAUGCACGUGAAACAUACCUCCUCCAAUCUGGAGAGAGAAUGCUCACCCAAGCCAAUGAAAAGGUCUCAGUCUGUGGUAGAAGCUGGAACCCUGAAACAUGAGGAUAAGGGAGAGAAUGAGAACACUCAGCCACUCCUGGCUCUGGACUGAGCCGAAGCCACCCUGACACUGCUGCACCCUGGCCUUCAGUGGUAUCAGCCACCAGGAAGCACAUGUGCAACUGACUCACACAGACACGUGUGUUCUGCUUAACACAAGGUCCUCCACUCCUGCCCCCAGCAAUGACUGUCGACAGCCAUCAUCUGAACAGCCAAAGUUGGACAGAGAUUUUAGAGAUGUUUUUUGUUUUACCAAAGGGACUGGAGGAUAAAACAAGGUAUUCAUGUAGAAAAGGUUCUCGCUCCCUACAUAUUUAUAGUAUGAAAUGAAUAAAAAAAGUAAAAAGCUAAAUUUGAUG